AUGCAGCCCGCCCCCUCGACGCCCGGGCCACGGCGCGCCGCAGACACCUGCCGGGCUCCGCCUGGACCGGAGCGUCGUCCCGCGGCCAGGGGUCCGGCAGCUGCUUCCAGCCUGGGACCGGCCUCGGCCUCCGGCAGAGCGCCCCGGGGCCUGGACAUGAGCGCCCAGGAGCCCCCGCAGGGUCGAAGGUUCCCCAUUGAGGCCGGAGACUCCCCUGGCCUUGCCGCCGCCCCCGAGUCCCAGGACAGCCCGGAGCCGGUAGCCACGGAGCACACCCCGGUCAGGCCGCUUCGACGCUGCCCGGGCUGCCACUGCCUGACGCUGUUGCACGUGCCCAUCGACGUCUACCUGGCCAUGGGCGGGAGCCCCCGGGCCCGCGCCACCUGAGUGCGCCUGCGCACGGCGGCUCCGCGGGAGCCGGGCGGGGACGAGGCCCGCCGCGGGCCACCACGCUGAGGUCGCGCGCGCCGAGCACGAGACAAUGAUGCACAUUUUAAAAUAAAAGAAUGAUGCACAUUUUAAUAAAGCACAGCAUAAACUGUUCUUUCC